AUGCCGCAACCACCAAGAACCCUCGCCCCCACCCCCAACCUCCCCCCAGCUUCCACCCGCCUCCCAACCGAACUCCGCCUCCAAAUCUGGCACGAAUACUUCCGCCUGACCCCCCUCCCCGCCGCCACCCACGCCCGCCCCACCCUCCUCCACAGCACCCCCCAAUUCCGGUCCGAAGCCCUCCCCCUCUACCUCGCGCGCCUGCAGCACGACCUCGCGGCGGAGGUCGCGCGGUACGCGAGCUAUAUGCGGACGCGGCCGGCGGAGGACUGUGCGGAGAGUACGUAUGAGCGGUGGGUGUGGUUGAUGGGGAUGGUGGAGGGUAGGGUUGGGGCGUUGAGGAGGGAGAUUGGGGUUGUCGGGAGGGAGGUGGGGAGGGGGAGGAUUGUGUUGUGA